AAGAUUCAAUUAUUUAAGAGUAGGUAGGGAGGGACCAUUCUUUUUUCUCUAUAUAUAAUUCCUUACCUCCCAUAGUUAUUAUGAAAAUGAAGAGCCUCAUAAUUUUUCAUUUGUAAAUGGAAGCUGGUACUACGUUUUUCAAUUUAAAGAUGAGUUUGUUAAUAUUGUGCUUCUUCUUCACCAACUUGUGGAUGGGUUUGGGUGAUAUGAAUGGAAUUGGAGAGCAGCCAUUGUCAAAGAUUGCAAUUCACAAAACCAUUCUUGCACUUCAUAGUUCUGCCUCCAUUACAGCUUCCCCCUUUUUGCUUGGUAAUAAGGGCGAGGACACCGAAUGGGUGACAGUAGAACUUGAGGGGCCUGAACCAACCAAUGAAGACUGGGUUGGAGUUUUCUCUCCAGCAAACUUUAAUUCAUCAACAUGUCCACCCAACCCCGGUGACAUUGGACGGGUAGAUAUUCCAUAUAUAUGCACAGCUCCAAUAAAGUACAAAUAUGCCAACCACUCUGAUCCUAACUAUAAUAAGACAGGGAAAGCUGUUUUGAAAUUCCAAUUGAUCAAUCAACGUGCAGAUUUCUCCUUUGCAUUAUUUUCAGGUGGAUUAUCCAAUCCUAAACUUGUGGCAGUUUCGAACUUCAUCGCGUUUGCAAAUCCUAAAGCACCUGUGUAUCCACGCCUUGCUCAAGGAAAGUCUUGGAAUGAAAUGACGGUUACCUGGACAAGUGGAUAUGACAUAAGCGAAGCUGUACCAUUUGUGGAAUGGGGUCCAAAGGGAGGAAAGCAGAUACAAUCUGCUGCAGGAACAUUGACAUUUAAUCGGAACAGCUUGUGCGGUCAACCUGCGCGAACCGUUGGCUGGCGUGAUCCUGGUUUUAUACACACAAGUUUCCUUAAAGAACUUUGGCCAAAUAUGAGGUAUACCUACAGGUUGGGGCAUUUCUUGCUUGAUGGGUCUUAUGUAUGGAGCAAGAGGUAUUCAUUCAAAGCAUCCCCAUAUCCUGGACAAAACUCAUUGCAGCGUGUUAUCAUAUUUGGUGACAUGGGAAAGGCCGAGCGUGAUGGUUCCAACGAAUAUGCAAAUUAUCAACCUGGUUCACUUAACACCACUGACCAACUCAUCAAGGAUUUAGACAAUUUUGACAUUGUUUUCCACAUAGGAGAUCUACCAUAUGCAAAUGGAUACAUCUCACAGUGGGAUCAAUUCACAGCUCAACUGCAAGAAAUUUCUUCAACAGUUCCAUAUAUGAUAGCAAGUGGAAAUCAUGAACGUGAUUGGCCAAACACGGGAUCCUUCUUUGACACUCCAGAUUCAGGUGGAGAAUGUGGAGUUCCAGCUGAAACCAUGUACUAUUUUCCUGCUGAGAACAGAGCCAAAUUCUGGUAUGCAACAGAUUAUGGCAUGUUUCGUUUCUGUAUAGCAGAUAGUGAGCAUGAUUGGAGAGAAGGAUCAGAACAAUACAAAUUCAUUGAGCAUUGCCUUGCAACAGUAGAUAGAAAACAACAACCAUGGUUAAUCUUUGCAGCACAUCGCCCACUCGGUUACUCCUCUAAUGAUUGGUAUGCCGACGAGGGUUCAUUUGAAGAGCCAAUGGGAAGGGAAAGUUUGCAACGGCUUUGGCAGAAGUACAAAGUAGACAUUGGAUUUUAUGGUCAUGUCCAUAACUAUGAAAGAGUAUGCCCCAUUUAUCAGAACCAAUGCGUGAAUAAGGAAAAAUCUCAUUACUCUGGCACUGUGAAUGGAACAAUUCAUGUUGUUGUUGGAGGAGGGGGAAGUCACUUAUCAGACUUCGCCAAAGCACCUCCUGUUUGGAGUAUUUUCAGAGACAAAGACUAUGGUUUUGGCAAACUAACAGCAUUCAAUCACUCGUUUCUCUUGUUUGAGUACAAGAAAAGUAGUGAUGGAAAGGUCUAUGACUCUUUUACCAUUUCCAGGGACUAUAGAGAUGUCUUGGCAUGUGUGCAUGAUGGUUGUGAGAAAACCACCUUGGCAAGCUGAGUUAUGUUCUGCAGUAGAAUUGAUGUAGUCUAAAAAUGAAAUAAAAUAAUUUUAGGUCAUAUUUGGCCUAAAAUCACCCCUCUUCACCUUUUUUCUUGUUGUUUUUAAUCUAAAUAAGUGAUUUUUCACAUAGAUUAAGUUUUUUAGUUGUUUUUCUUUUUUAUCUGUGUGAUAUCGUCGUCUGAGUGCGGCGUUUGUGUUAACCGUCGUCUUGGUACGACAUUGUUGAAUUCUCCGUCUUGUUACGGUGUUCGUUUAGUUCAUAUUGAAAGAUCAUCUUCAAUCAAUUGCAAAUUCAAUCAAUGAUUUGGGCAUCAACGUUGCAGAUCCGGAAGCAUGGAUAUUUCGGUGACUUUAGUUUUAUCAUAUUAUUAUUUGUAGGCAUUUUGCCGUUGUAUGCUAUUAACAUGGAUGCUGUGAGUUUGUUCGCAGAUUCAUCCUUUUUGUUUUUAGCGAUGUUGAAUGUGUAUUUGGAUCUGAUGUACUACUUCAAUUAUUGGAAUGAAUGAAUAUCGUUAUUUUUUUAGUCAAAAAAAGAAAAAAGAAAAGUAAAGGUUAUUAUUAUGUUCAAUUUC